UUUGCCUGCUGUGCGCUGUUGGAAGCUUUCUGAGAAUGGAGGGGUGUGUUUUCCGUGUGCUUUUGAAGUUACGGAGCUAUAAGUGCAUCUGCAUAAUUCUCUUGUGUUCGGGUAUCGUGUUCUACAUGUCCAUACGCAAAGGGAAACAAGUCAAAGCUGAAAGGGAAUGGGACACCACUUCUACACCAAAACAGAAAACAACAACAGAAGCUGAGCUGCCUUUGAAGCUUUUGUCCACAGAAAAAUAUAAAUCCCUGUUUCAAUUUGAUGGAAUCUGGCUAGCCCCAAAGAAUAGCUGUGAGUGUACCAAAACCAACCGAAUGACAGUCUACCAGUUGGAUGACUAUAUUGAUAAGGAUCAGAUUGCCUCCAUCACAGAACGACGAGAGAAGGAAUUUGAAGAGUAUCAGCGAAGAUAUCCCACCAUGACAAAAGAUGCCGUUAUUGCUGUACCAAACACACCUUUAAGCUACCCCGUUUAUGGUGCUGAGGUGAUGCCCUUGCACACCAUUGUAAUUCCGGGGCUUGGUUUCCAUGGAAACAGGACAGAAAAACUUCAGGUGAUUUUACGAGCCUCGCUGGGUACUUUGAACACCCUUGCAGAUACAUCUGAAGAGGUGGUACGCGGGAGAGGGGGGAAAGAACUUACCAUCUCUACUGCCAAUGUGAAGCUACUAAAUCACAUACUAGAUCACGUCACAUACACCAGUACAGUGUUCCUAGUCAAUGCUGUAGACAUGGUGAGCUUCAAAACAGGGCCUUACCUUGUUAAGUUUCCUGUGACUGUCCGACAGCGGCCGCUUCCCAAGCUGUUUGACCCAGGACCAGACAACAAUCUCCAGAAUCUAGUGACAGUUACCACCAAGACUUUCUUGCGGUACCACAAGCUGCACAUCCUCAUUAAAAGCCUAAGAAAGUUUUACCCGGACCUUAAGCUGAUUGUGGCAGAUGACAGCGAGCAUCCAGAGAAGAUUGAAGAGGCCAAUGUUGAACAUUACAUCAUGCCCUUUGGAAAGGGCUGGUUUGCGGGAAGAAACCUUGCUAUCUCUCAGGUGACAACCAAAUACUACCUCUGGGUGGAUGAUGACUUCCUGUUCACUGAAAAUACCAAGAUCGAGAAACUGGUCAAAGUAUUGGAGAACACCAACUUGGAUAUGGUUGGAGGCAGCGUAUCUGGGAAUGACUUCAAGUUUAAGAUUUUCUAUGAGGAAGGGGAAGAUGGCAGCUGUCUACAUAUCAGAAGCGGUUUCUAUCACUCUUUGGAAGGUUUUCCCAACUGUGUGGUCACUGCCGGAGUGACUAACUUUUUCCUUGCUCGUACAGAGGAGAGCAGGCGUGUUGCUUUUGAUCCAAAGCUGCAGAGGGUGGCUCAUUCAGAAUUUUUUAUGGACGGACUAGGAAACUUACUGGUCGGCUCCUGCAGUGACGUUUCUAUAGAGCAUCAGAAUCGGGCCCCUGCAACUGAUUCUCUGCUGGUUGAUGUCGAAAGAAGUUAUAACAAAUUCCGAACCAAUACCCAGGAACAGAUGAGAUUUAAAUUGUCUUUGCACUACUUUAAGAACAGGUUGAAAUGCUACACAAGGGUGUGAUAACCACCAUCCCACUUAAGUGAUGUUUCUGGAAGGAGUUAAACUGACAAACUAGAUUCAAUAACAGUGAGCAUCUUGGUUCUAAAAACCACCCCUUCUGGCUGGGGCCAGAAUCAGCAAAAGACCUCUGCUCACUAACUGGAACCUACAUUCCAUUUGAUAUCAGUCUGUGCCACUUCCUUCUUGUAGGACCCACUGAGGGAAUCACUACCAGGCAAUGAAAGUCUGAACUGCUAUUCAUUUUGGUUGCUGGUGCCAUUGUAAAAUAGCAUAUUCAACACAGCAAUUAAACAUGCCAAUCCUGUGGGUCAAGAUGGCAGCCACUAUGAAUCUGGGGAUGUUGAAAGUCUGUGAGAGACCAAGAGCCGCAACCUCUUUUGCUCUUACAGUGGAACUCAUGCUGCAAAACCUUGCCACAGCCUAUGCUCUAAGCUAACAUGCUUAAAAUGACUUGGAAAAACAGGAAAAGUGUCUUCACCUUUAAUGUGUGUGGGGGGUAUUUUUUUAAGGUUGUGUUUAGAUCCUAUUUUGUAUUUCCAGUUAAAAGGCACCAGAUCUGCCAUCCUCAACAGAGUUACACCCUUCUAAGCCUUCAACAGACUUGUGUACAUAUGCACGUGUCAUCAAGAUGCAAGAUACAAAGAGGCUGUCAAGGCAAGUAGGAAGGAGGGUGGUUUGCCGUUGCCUUCCUCUGCAGCCUUCCUUGGUGGUCUCCUAUCCAAGUACCAACCCUGCUUAGCUUCCAAGAUCUGACAAGAUCAGGCUAUGCCAUGCCACCAUCCUUCCCUCAAUGGGCUUAGAAGGGUGUAACUCUGUUUAGGAGGACAUUGAGUCCAUUGUGCUGGGCCAAAUGCACAAACUGCUAAGAACUUGAUCAUAUGAGCUCCUGCCAUUUGGAAUGAGUUGUCUCCUUCGAGCUAUUCCCCAGGCUUGGCUUUGUCCCAGAUCCCCCCGUGCCAGGUGGUGAUCCUUGUUUGGGCUCAGCCAUGUAGGCAUUGGCUCUGAAAUUGUGCUUCUGUAUUUUGGGCUACCAAGUCUCUGCUGCAUUGGCCUUCCAAAGCAUGACACUAGCUUGUUAUGAUGGGCUGGCUCAGACGCCCUUUUAUUGCAAAGUUUUCUUUCUGAUGCAAUCCCAGAAGACUGUUCCAAGUCAUUCUUUUUUUUAAUAGAAAUUUUAAUUUUAUUAGCAAGAUUAAAAUUCCAGUAAAAAAAGGCUGAAAAAAGUAAAGAAUACAGAAAAAAGACAAAGAUUAGAAAUAACAAAAAAGAUACAUAUUUCAUUUUCUAUUUUUCUCCAAAAUUUACCUUUUCCAAAACUGCCCUUCUAUUUAUUGUUCCCAAAUUUAUCUUCUUAAAAAUCAAAGCCACAAAUCAUCAGUUCAUUUUUCCUUGUCUCAUGCAGAAAGUCAAUAAGGGGUUUCCAUUUAACUAUAAAAAUAGACAAUGUUUUAUCUCUGAUCAGAGCUGUAAGUUUAACCAUCUCCGCUGUCAUUUUCAUAAUCCAGUCCUCCAUUGAAGGCAAUACUGUACUUUUCCAUUUUUGCACAUAUAAAAUCCUAGCUGCUGUAGUCAUAUAUAGAGAUAAAAUACCAUGUUGAUUUUCCAACUGUUUAUCCAUUAAUUCCAACAAAAAGGCUUCUGGUUUAAAUUGUAUAUUGAUCUUCAAAAAUGUUUGCAUUAUCAUAUGAAUCUGUGACCAAAUUUUUUUAGCUUUAGAGCAAGUCCUCCAAAGAUGGUAAAAUGUUCCUUCAUGUUGCUCACAUUUCCAACAUUUGUUUGACAUACCUUUGCUCAUUUUUGCUAAUUUAUCAGGAGACAUAUACCACCGAUACGACAUUUUAUAGACAUUUUCUUUAAGUGUGGACCUCAAAGUAAAUUUGAGCCCCUUUACCCACAUAUUUUCCCACUGGGCCAUCGGUAUAUAAUACCCAGUUUUUAACCCAUUUAACCAUGCAAUAUUUCACAGAUUCUUCUUCCAUUUCAAACUUCAAUAAAAGUUUAUACAUUUUGGAAAUAAUGUGUUAAUCAUUUUUUUCAAACUCUGUCUUUUCAAAAUUAAAGCCCCAUAAUUUUUUAUCUGAUUUGAUCUUUCUAGAAGCUGAGCAUAGAAAAACCAUUGACAUUUAUAACCUUUCGCUAUUAAAUCCUCGUCUUCAAUUUACAAUCUCCUUGAGAGAAUUCUAGUAAGUCUCCGUAAGUCAACUAUCCCUGUUUGGUAGUCAUGUUCCUUCUAUAAAAUGCUUCCUGCGUUGAAAUCCAAAGCGGUGUCUUCUGUGAUAACCUCAAGAUGGCUCUCCUAAUAUAAUGAUUUUUGAAGUCGGCAUUGACCUUUACUUUAUCAUAACACAAAUAAGCAUGCCAUCCAAAUCUCAGGUCAUGACCUUCCAAUAUCAAGAGCCUCUCAUUUCUCAGAAGCAUCCAUUCCUUCAUCCACAUUAGACACGAGGUGGUGUAAUAAACCUUCAAGUCCGGUAAAUCUAGGUCACCUCUUUCCUUCCCAUCUUGAAAAAUUUUAUAUUUAACUCUUGGUUUUUUCCCUUGCCAGAUAAAUGUUGAAAUAUCCUUUUGCCAUUGUUUAAAUGGUACAUCUGAAGUUAACAUAGGUAUUGUCUGGAAGAGGAAUAACAUUCUAGGAAAAACAUUCAUCAUAGUUCCUGGCGAAACGUCAGGAACUACAAUGCCAAGACCACGGCAAUACAGCCCGGAAAACCCACAACAGCCAUCGUUCUCCGGCCGUGAAAGCCUUCGACAAUACAUCGACAAUACAUUCAUCAUAGUAACUGAUAUUCUCUCCAACAAGGACAACUGUACUCCAUUCAAUCUUAACGUGGUUUUUUAUUUCUUUUGAUGUGUUUUUUAAGGUGUUUUUAAUGAUGUGUAUAUUUGUAUUCUGUUAUCCACCCUGAGCCUGCGAAAGCAGGGAGGGCAGAAUAUAAAUACAAUAAAUUAAAUUAAAUUAAUUCCCAUGUCUUAACAUAAUUAUUUUGAAACAGCAUACAGUUCAUCCCCGUCAGUGUGAUACCUAAAUAUUUUACCUUUUUUUCAACCUUAAAAUCUGCUAUUUUCAUCAAUUCUUCCUGAUUUUUAAUGUCUACAUUUCUUGUCAAUAUUUUUGUUUUCUGUUCAUUUAUUUUAAAGCCUGCCAGAGUACUACUCUUUCAACUUCUCCAUCAAUAUUUCAGUUUCCUCUAAUGGUCUUCCAGGAUUAAGACUAAAUCAUCUGCGAAGGCUCUUAAUUUGUAUGACUUUUUAAAUUUUUACGCCUGUAAUCCUUUCCUCCUGCCUAACGACUCUAUUCAGAACCUCCAACACCAAAAUAAAGAGUGACAACAUCCUUAACGUGUUCCUUUUUGAAUCUCACGAUUUAGUUAAUUCUCCAUUAAAAUUAAUUUUGGCAUUCUGUAAAGUGUGUAUCGAUUUCACCUAUUUUAUAAAAUUCUCUCCAAAAUUAAUCUUUUCUAAUGCCUCAAACAGAAAAAUCCAGGUCAAAUUGUCAAAGGCCUUUUCAGCAUCCAAGAAAAUUAGAGCUGCUUGUUUUUCAUUAUGUUUAUCCAGAUAUUC